UCAAUGUCAGUUAGCGAGUGGUUUUGUUUGUUUGGUCCAUUUUGUGCCGAAGAUUUUUGAAUUGUAAAUAAACUUUAGACCUUUAUGUUGUGAUCGUAAUCUUUUAAAAUGAGGCGCAGCCUUGCGCCGAGCCAGACUGGCUCAGGGGACCACGUCUUCAAAAGUCCUUUGCUGAAUUCGGCUAAACGCAAAAGGCGGGAAUGCACAAAAAUCCCACUUACGCAGAAAACUGCUUCUCAAUCUAUGUCUACUUCGGAGCACGAAAAUUUGAUCAAGCAGAUCCUGAGUAAGCCUUUCAAGGUACCCAUUCCAAACUACGUCUCUUCGUACUGUAGCAAAAGUCUUGGUUUAAAACGCAGUCAAGUGCGACGUGCCCUUCAUGAUCCCGACGAGCCUAAUGCGCUGGUUUUGUUCCGGCCGCCGUAUAUUCCUGAACACGAAAAGAUGAAAAUGAACCCUAAGGACAUUCAAGUAGCUGUUGUCGUCGACCCCGUCCUUGGAAACAUACUAAGACCCCAUCAGAGGGAAGGGGUAACAUUUAUGUACAACUGUGUUACCGGGAAACAGAUUGAGAACGCUUAUGGGUGCAUCAUGGCUGAUGAAAUGGGUUUGGGCAAGACAUUACAGUGCAUAACUUUGCUGUGGACAUUAUUGAGGCAAGGGCCAGAGUGCAAGCCAACAAUAUGCAAAGCAAUUAUUGUUUGCCCAAGCAGUCUGGUCAAGAACUGGUACAAUGAGAUCCACAAAUGGCUGGGACAGAGGAUCAAUGCCUUGCCCAUGGAUGGUGGGUCAAAAGCAGAGAUAACACUGAAAUUGCAACAAUUUAUGAACACAUACUCAGCCACAAGAGUGGCCACACCAGUUUUGAUAAUCUCAUAUGAAACUUUCAGGAUAUACUCAAACAUAUUGCACUCAUCUGAAGUUGGUUUGGUCCUCUGUGAUGAGGGCCACAGAUUGAAGAACAGUGAGAAUCAAACAUACCAAGCUCUAAUGGGUUUGAAGGCCAAACGGAGAAUCCUAAUUUCAGGAACUCCAAUUCAGAAUGAUUUGACUGAGUACUUCAGUCUGGUACACUUUGUCAAUGAAGGCAUACUUGGCACUGCCCAAGAAUUCAAAAAGAGGUAUGAAAACCCUAUCCUGAAGGGUCAAGAUGCUUUGGCAAGUGAACAAGAGAGAGAAAGAGCCCAAGAAUGCCUUCAAACUCUCACUGGCAUUGUCAAUAAAUGCAUGAUUCGAAGGACAAGCAGCUUGCUCACAAAAUACUUGCCGGUCAAGUUUGAACAGGUCAUUUGCGUCAAAAUGACUCCACUUCAGACACAACUGUACAAGAAUUUCAUCAAUUCAGAUGCUAUUCGUAACAAAUUUACUGGCACUGGAGACAAAAACACACUCAGUGCUCUAUCCAGUAUAACAACUUUGAAGAAACUUUGCAACCACCCUGAUUUGGUUUACGAUAAAAUCGUAGAACGGUCUGAAGGAUUUGAGAAGGCACUGGACUUGCUACCUAGUCACUAUGACAUCAAAGAUGUUAAGCCUGAAUAUUCUGGAAAACUGAUGAUCCUGGACUGCAUACUGGCUAACCUGAAAACUAACACGGAUGACAAGAUAGUUCUGGUCUCUAACUACACUCAAACGCUGGACUUGUUUGAGAAACUGUGCAGGAAACGUUGUUACCAAUAUGUGAGGCUAGAUGGUUCCAUGACUAUUAAAAAGCGAGCCAAAGUUGUAGAGAGCUUCAAUAAUAAAGAUUCUAAAGAAUGGAUAUUCAUGCUGAGUUCCAAGGCUGGUGGAUGUGGUCUGAAUCUCAUUGGGGCGAAUCGCCUCAUCAUGUUUGACCCUGACUGGAACCCGGCAAAUGACGACCAAGCCAUGGCGAGAGUCUGGCGCGACGGCCAAAAGAAACCGUGCUACAUCUACCGGUUACUGGCAACAGGAACUAUUGAAGAAAAGAUCUUCCAGAGGCAAGCACACAAGAAAGCACUCAGCGACACAGUGGUAGACCAAAACGAAGAGUCUUUGCGACAUUUCACAUCGGAUGACUUGAAAGACCUUUUCCGGUUGGAGGAAAACACUCUUUCAGACACACACAGCAAAUUCAAAUGUCGCAGAUGCGUGAAUAAUAUACAAGUUACGCUUCCGCCUGCAAAUUCUGAUUGCACUUCGGACUUGUCGAAUUGGUACCACUGUGCCGACAAGAAAAGCUUAGCAGACUUGGUUUUGAAGCAAUGCUGGGAUUUGGCCAAAACAAUAUCAUUUGUUUUUCACCAUCGUUCAGCAGAGACUGAGGCUGCAACCGAAGAAAGCCCGGAAGAAGACAAAGAGAAUGUUCAAGUGAAGAAAAAACGCAAGAUUGAAAUCGAUGAGGACUACUCAGAACCAGAUGAUAGUGCUGAUGAAGAUUAUGAAUAACUAUACUUAUUUUAUAUUGUGUUAAGAGAGAAAUUAAGUUCAAUUUUUAUUGUAAAUAUUUAACUGAAACAUUGUGGUAAAAUGUAAAUGAUUAUUGUUUUUGUUUGUAAAUAAAAAACAGAUUAUU